ACCACCCAGAGCGGAGAAGCUGAGUCCAGAGCAAUCAGGGGAUGAGGACAUUGGACGAAAAUGUUCUCUAAUAAGCCUUCAAUUUCCCAAAUCUGACCCUGUGAAGCACCAGCCAGGAUGUGUGAAGAAGAGGACAGCACUGCCCUGGUGUGUGACAAUGGUUCUGGGCUCUGUAAGGCCGGCUUUGCUGGGGACGAUGCUCCCAGGGCUGUUUUCCCGUCCAUUGUGGGACGUCCUAGACAUCAGGGGGUGAUGGUGGGAAUGGGACAAAAAGACAGCUACGUGGGUGACGAAGCCCAAAGCAAAAGAGGAAUCCUGACCUUGAAGUACCCAAUAGAACACGGCAUCAUCACCAACUGGGAUGACAUGGAAAAGAUCUGGCACCACUCUUUCUACAAUGAGCUUCGUGUUGCCCCAGAAGAGCAUCCGACCCUGCUCACCGAGGCACCCCUGAACCCCAAGGCCAACCGGGAGAAGAUGACCCAGAUUAUGUUUGAAACUUUCAAUGUCCCAGCCAUGUAUGUGGCUAUUCAGGCGGUGCUGUCCCUCUACGCCUCUGGACGUACGACUGGCAUUGUGCUGGACUCUGGAGAUGGUGUCACCCACAACGUGCCCAUUUACGAGGGCUACGCCCUGCCCCACGCCAUCAUGCGUCUGGACCUGGCGGGCCGAGAUCUCACCGACUACCUCAUGAAGAUCCUGACGGAGCGUGGCUACUCCUUCGUGACCACUGCCGAGCGUGAGAUUGUCCGGGACAUCAAGGAGAAGCUGUGCUAUGUAGCCCUGGACUUUGAAAAUGAGAUGGCCACUGCCGCGUCCUCCUCCUCCCUGGAGAAGAGCUACGAGCUGCCUGACGGGCAGGUGAUCACCAUCGGGAACGAGCGCUUCCGCUGCCCGGAGACCCUGUUCCAGCCCUCCUUCAUCGGGAUGGAGUCUGCUGGCAUCCAUGAGACCACCUACAACAGCAUCAUGAAGUGCGACAUUGACAUCAGGAAGGACCUCUAUGCUAACAACGUCCUCUCUGGGGGCACCACCAUGUACCCCGGCAUUGCCGACCGCAUGCAGAAGGAGAUCACAGCCCUGGCACCCAGCACCAUGAAGAUCAAGAUCAUUGCCCCUCCUGAGCGCAAAUACUCCGUCUGGAUUGGUGGCUCCAUCCUGGCCUCUCUGUCCACCUUCCAGCAAAUGUGGAUCAGCAAACAGGAGUACGACGAAGCCGGGCCGUCCAUUGUCCACCGCAAAUGCUUCUAAAACACUUACCCUGCUCGCUGUCUGUCUCUAGCACACACUGUGAAUGUUUUGUGGAAUAAUGCCUUCAAUUCUUUUCCAAAUCAUUCCUAGCCAAAGCUCUGACUCGUUACCUUAUGUGUUUUUUAAUAAAUCUGAAAUAUGUUACCUGUAA